CUGUUGCUGUACCCACAAAUCCCUGUCCCGGCCGCCGGCCAGAAUAAAGAAAAGAUUAAAGCAAAUUUGUGGUGUACAUGACCUUGUGGUUGCGGAAAAGUCAAGGGGCCAGUUUUAUAUCAUUUUAACCAGGGUGCUGCCAAAACUUGCUCUGACAUGGCUGCUUCAGGAUUUGCUACUGCUGACAAUUUCGAUUUCCUUCUAUUUUCGAGGUUAGUAGUACAAAACAUAUUUGCAUGUUUCGUUCGAGUUCUACUUGAUGUUCAACACCAUCAGGGUCGCAGGUUCACCGUCGAGUUUUUUUGCGGGUUCAAUCAGACAGAUUGCAAGAGGUAUUUUCAGCAAGUCCUAGAAGAAAUUUGAGAUGGGGAUCGAUGAAUUGUUAAUGGUCGCAUUGAUGCCAGUUCUGAAAACACUAUUGAUUGCUGUGGUGGGCUUAUUCCUUGCUGUGGAUCAUAUUAGCAUCUUGUCUGCAACUGCACGUCACCAUUUGAAUAAUCUUGUGUACUACGUCUUCUUCCCAUCACUUUUGGCCAGCAGCUUGGUUGAUUCCAUUUCAGCGACCAACAUAAUUUCUUUGUGGUUCACACCAGUGAGUAUUCUCCUCACUUUUAUUAUUGGUUCAGCCCUUGGAUGGAUACUUGUCAGAAUCACCAAAACUCCUCAACAGUUGCAUGGCCUUGUCAUUGGAUCUUGUGCUGCGGGAAAUAUGGGGAAUUUACCAGUUAUUAUCAUCCCAGCAAUCUGCGCAGAGAAGAAUAACCCAUUUGGAGAUUCAUUUUCCUGCUCUAGGAAUGGAAUGGCCUAUGUAUCACUCUCUAUGUCGAUAGGGGCUGUUUUCGUUUGGUCUUAUGUAUACAACAUUAUACGUAUAUGUGGAACAGAGAGUGAUGGUAACGUCCAAAUAAGUUCCACAAUUAGCAAAAACCAGUCUGGUGAAAUAAAUUCCUCAGACAGCUCCAGAGAAGAGUUGCUGUUAAAAGGUUGCCCUAGCUCCCAGGAUUAUCACGUUCAACCUACUUUUGUUCUCAAAAGAUCUGAGGACAGAGUUAAGGUGCCAUUCAAGCAGCAUUUGAAAAGUUUGCUUGGAAAAAUUGACCUAAGGAUGUUGCUGACACCUCCUACUGUUGCAACGGUUGUUGGGCUUUUGAUUGGAGUCUCUCCAUUGCGGGAAGUAAUUGUUGGUGGUACUGCUCCUCUGCGUGUGGUUGAGAGUUCUGUUCUUUUGCUGGGGGAAGCGGCAAUUCCAUCGAUGACGUUGAUAAUGGGUGCAAAUCUUCUUAGAGGUUUGAAAAGGUCAGGAGUAAACCUAUGGAUGAUUCUUGGCAUCAUUUUAAUCCGGUUCGCUGCCUUGCCUGUUUUAGGCGUUGUUAUCAUCAAAGCUGCAAGAGAUUUUGGCAUGGUGGGAUCAGAUCCUUUAUAUCAUUUUGUUCUUCUGCUUCAGUAUUCUGUUCCACCUGCAAUGGCCAUUGGUACAAUAACGCAGUUGUUCGAAGUUGGUGAGACUGAAUGUUCCGUCCUGAUGUUUUGGAAUUAUGCUGUGGCUGCAAUUGCAAUGACCCUCUGGGCAACUUAUUACAUGUGGCUGUUGCUGUGAUGUUAAAGCUCCUGAUUAGUUGGAACGUAAUAAUGCGUUGUUGUGAUGUCAAAGCUCCUGUUUAGUUGGAACGUAGUAAUGGCAAUCCUGGCCGCUGAUGAAGACUACCAUUUCAACCCCUGAAAGCUGUCAACAAUCGACAUAUUCCUCUUCACUUUGUGACAGUAAUCUAAUAGUAUAGUUUAACUCGUCGAAAUGCCCCAAAAUCCUCAGUAAAAAGAGGUUAUUCGUUUGUCCUACACGGUGAUCCUUUCUUUCUGGAUGUGGAAAGUACUCUAGUCGGUCGACUUUGAAAAAGCCUAAAUGUCCAUUUAGUUGAUAUCUA